AUGCAAGCUCUCUGGGGAUUAAAAAACGACGACGGUACAUCCUGGGACUGGGACCAACAACUUCCACCUACGGCCAUAGACUUUUGGCAAACUUACCACUCACAGCUUGUUCUGCUCAACGACCUUCGUAUAGACCGCUGCAUUCUAUGCUCGAAUCCCUCAACAGUGCAACUGCACAUCUUUUCCGACGCGUCUGAGCGUGCCUACGGCGCAUGUGCCUACAUCCGUUCAACAAAUUCAUCUGGUGUCAACGUCGCACUUCUAACAGCAAGAUCCAAGGUAGCACCUCUAAACCGCCAAAGCAUUCCUCGCCUCGAACUCUGCGGAGCUCAAAUUGCCUCGGAGUUGUAUAAGAAGAUCAUCACAUCGCUUCAACGUCCUCUCGAAACUUUCUUCUGGGUCGACUCAACCACCGUCAUCCACUGGCUCAAAUCACCACCGUCCACUUGGGUAACAUUCGUCGCUAAUCGAGUCUCGAAAAUACAACUGGCCACCGAAACCUGUUCUUGGAACCACGUCCCGGGAUCGGAAAACCCAGCUGACUUGAUAUCACGGGGCAUGCCAGCAGACGCCCUUCUUCAAGAUAACCUAUGGUGGAAGGGGCCAGACUGGCUGAAACACGACGCUCAUCAAUGGCCAUCGCAACAAAUUACUCCGAUUCAAAACGCCGACAUUCUCCGAGAAAUCAGAAAAACACCAGUCACCGUAAUCACCGCAGCAUCUGCAGAAUCAUUCAUCGACGAACUCACCGGUCGAUUCUCCUCCUUUCGUCGGAUGAUUCACACCAUCGCCUUUUGUAGACGGGUCAGCAGAAACCGCAGGGCCGAAAUAGCAACAACAUCCAGCAGCAAAGUUCUCACAUGCGAGGAAAUCGAAGAAGCGGAACACGUACUCAUCUCGCUCGUUCAACAACAAGCCUUCAGCAGCGAAUGGAUCAACCUACAAAAGGGGAAAUCUGUCCCGACAAGGUCUCGCAUCAGAUGGUUCCAUCCGUUCAUAUCCGACGACCAAGUCAUACGCAUCGGUGGCAGGCUCGAUCAAGCGCAACUGCCGUACAACACCAAACAUCAAAUUCUCCUCCCUGGCACGCAUCGGUUUACCAAACUACUGGUCGACUAUUACCACCGAAAACAUCUCCACGCAGCUCCACAACUCCUUAUCAGCAUUCUUCGAACCCGGUAUUGGUGCAACAGCAUGGACCAGCAUGAAGCAGCCAGCAGCGGAGACGAUUAG